CCAACACUUUGGUGUCCUUGUUUUACGUGAAUAUUACAAGACAUUCUAAACCAGUUCUGUGGUUAUAUUAUCUAAAUUGUGGCUAUAUUCAUCAAUCAAACUAUUAACAAUGUCACUGCCGGGAAUAUAUUCUAGCCAGCGUUUACAAGCGUUGCUUCUCAAAGGAAAUUCAAGUGGAGUCCUUGCAGAGUUGAACACUUAUUUUUCAGUUCCUAUAAUUGCUUCAGUUGAUAUAACAGACGAAUCAAAUAACAAAAAACCCUUGAAGCCAAGACUCCCUCAACACUUGCCAUUUCGUUUUCUAAAAUAUGUCAUGAAUGCAACUCCUAACCCUGUCGGACUAUUACUUGGUGUUGCGAAUGCCGCAGUAAGCGAUCCAUACUCGGUAGAUACCAAGCGCAAAAUAUUCAUGGGACUUGGUGGUACUAUUGCUAGAAUUUAUGCUGCUGUCGAUCCAACUCUCGCUCCAGCUGCCCCCUAUUUUCGGCAAACAAUGGGAAAGUCUCUUGGAUCACUCCAGUCACCUGUAAAACUUUCAAAAAGUCCACCUCAAAAACCAGACAAGGCGGAUUCAAGUUCCAUCACUUCCCGUAGUGCUUCUAGUGACACGAGUGACGCUGAAGAUCUGGAUGACAGCGACUCCUUUGAUCGCCCUGCAGAUAUUUCUAAAUGGAUACAUUCUGAUUACCUGUCAAACUGGAAUGAUUUUUGCACACGCCAGAUCUCUUUGCGUCGGCAGCACACUCAAACUACUUUGAAACUAUUACAAAACUCAAGCACAAGUCCGUUUGUUCAUUGGCUAGCUGAACCUUUUUCUAUUCAGUUUUUACCACCCAAAACUACUCAAGAAGAUCAUUCAGAUCAAACGCCAGCUCAAGUCGCUACUGGCCAAUAUCAGGCAUCUUUGUCUUUUUACCACGUAAACAGGAUACUUGAAAACCUGAUGCGACAACAUGCCAUGGCUGACUACGUCAAGAUUGUUUGUGAUAAUCAGCUCUGUAGAUUUGUGGACCUUGAGAGUGCUUUUACUAUACUUCUUGAAAAAACCAACACUCAACUGUUGGCCGAGCUUGUCAAAAAAACACCAUGGACACGCUAUACACUCUACGAAAUGGUAGAGAAAGAAUGGUACAAUUGCAUUGUGUCAUUAAGCAAUCCAUCUUAUUCUACAAAGGAGCGGUCAAAAUCAUGCAGAAAAGUCAUGAAUAUAGUCGAUAGUAGCGAUGCUGUUCAUUUCUCUGCAAUCUCAUUUAGUGAACGGUAUGCAGCCCUUAACUGGAGUAUCAUGUCAGUCAAAGAUAUUAUCACUCAGCAAAAUAUGGAUCCAAAUCAUAGUUAUACCGAUCUGACGGAAUGUCUUGUAGAUAUUCUGGAAACCCUUAUGCGUACCAUCAAUACACAUGCGCUAGAUCACCCGCCACGGUUGGACAAUCAGAGUGCUUCAUAUAAAUAUUUAAAACAGCGUGUAUCGGCUGAUCAAAUGAUCGAGUUUACGCUCAAUCAUAUAUUUCACAGCUUUCAUAAGGAUUCGACACUAUGUGGUAUGAUCAAAAAUCGAUUUAGUACGUUUAUCCCACACGACAUUCUAGAUGCCGCUUACCAUGUCAACUGCUCGCGGGGUGGCAAUAAAAGCCACACAUCAAGACUAUCUUUUUCAAAUUCGGGCAUGCAGAUUCCAUUUUAUACAACAGACACACCCAUUUGUUUUGUCAAUACCAAAGAAAAGCUGGAAUAUUUUAAAACUAAAAUUCCAGAUAUUGUGGACAUUGGCAUUGACGCAGAAUGGUAUAACCAAGGUUCCGACAGAAUGUCUAUUUUUCAAAUUGCAGUACUUUUAAACGAUACAAGUCGUCGAGUGUAUAUUUUAGAUUUGUUUAAUCUUGAUCUGACGGAAACAUGCAAUGUUUUGACGGCUCUCUUUAGUAGCAAGCGCAUCACAACACUAGGUUUUGAUGGAGUCCAAGAUCUCAAGAAACUGAAUGCCUUGAUGCCUAAUUUGCCACUACCGUACAAUCUAGUUGAUUUGAAUAAGCUAUCCAUGGAAUUAUUUGCUGACAAGUUAAAACGUCAUGAUAUUAAAAAACAACAACUUGGCUUGUCAGAUCUUGUAUUGGUCGUGUUGGACAAGACGUUGGAUAAGCGGGUUCGACUCACUGAUUGGAAUCGUCGACCACUUCGUCAGUGUCAACUUACGUAUGCAGCAUCCGACUCGGAUGUUCUGAUUGACAUUUACAAAAAGUGGAAAGCAGUGCAGUAACCAUUUAUGCAGCAGACGCAUUUAUUUUUGCAAUGAAAUCGUGUUCAUAUACAAAA